CAUAUGGAGACGUUGCUUCAACACUCUCUCUCUCUCUCUCUGGAGCCUUCAACGGCUUUCUUGUAAACCCAGCACCAAAUUCUAACCCUAAAUUCAUCUCUCUCGAUUAUGAAUUCCCCACAAAACCCCCAAUUCUGAGCACAAUACCCACCCAGAAACCAAUCUCCACUGUAAAAAGUAAAUAAAAAUCGAAUCUUUACCAAUGGGCGAGGUCGAUUCAUCGAAGAAAGUUGCAGAUAGGUAUCUGAAGCGCGAGGUCCUCGGUGAAGGUACUUAUGGAGUCGUCUACAAAGCCAUUGAUACUCAUACAGGACAGACAGUUGCUAUCAAGAAGAUUCGGGUUGGGAAGCAAAAGGAAGGGGUGAAUGUUACAGCGCUUAGAGAGAUUAAACUGCUAAAGGAGCUGAAAGAUCCGAAUAUUAUUGAGUUGAUUGAUGCGUUCCCCCAUAAAGGAAACCUGCAUCUUGUGUUUGAGUUCAUGGAGACGGACCUUGAAGCUGUUAUACGUAACCAUAAUAUAGUCCUUUCACCAGCGGAUAUAAAGUCGUACAUUCAGAUGACGCUAAAAGGACUUGCUUUUUGUCACAAGAAAUGGGUUUUGCACAGGGAUAUGAAGCCCAACAACUUGUUGAUAGGACCUAAUGGACAGCUUAAACUUGCAGAUUUUGGUUUAGCACGAGUAUUUGGGAGUCCAGAUCGCAGGUUCACUCAUCAGGUCUUUGCUCGAUGGUAUAGAGCACCUGAGCUAUUAUUUGGCACCAAACAAUAUGGACCUGGGGUGGAUGUUUGGGCUGCAGCUUGUAUAUUCGCUGAGCUUCUCCUACGACAACCAUUUCUGCAGGGAACAAGUGAUAUUGAUCAACUAGGAAAGAUUUUUGCGGCUUUUGGGACUCCAACACCUUCUCAAUGGCCUGAUAUGGUAUACCUUCCUGAUUAUGUGGAAUACCAGUAUGCUCCACCAUCUGCUUUGCGUAAAAGGUUUGCGAUGGCUAGUGAUGAUGCCUUCGAUUUGCUAUCAAAGAUGUUUACUUAUGACCCAAAAGCUAGAAUAUCUGUGCAACAGGCACUAGAGCACAGGUACUUCACAUCUGCUCCACUACCUACAGAUCCAGAUAAGCUUCCGAGGCCUGCUCCAAAGAAGGAGUCCAGCAAUUCUAAGGCUUCAGAUUUCAAUCCAAAUGAGGGUCCUACUGUUUUGUCACCUCCAAGAAAGUCAAGGAGAGUGAUGCCAGAACGUGUGAGUUUUGAAGGAAAUGCACCCCAAUCGGAUAAGGUUGAUGAUCAUGUCGGAGACAUCCGACAGGCUGCUGGUGAAAGUACAAGCAGGAAUGAACCAGUGCCAAUGUCAGUAGAUUUUUCCAUCUUUGGAGCAAAACCUCCGAAUAGGCCUACAAUAAAUAGUGCUGACAGAACACAUCUAAAAAGGAAACUAGAGCUUGACUUCCAACAGCCCGAAUAAUUGACUGCAUUAAUUCUGUACACAAAAUCAGAUUUUCUUUGGUUGAGAGAUGAAAGAUUGCUGGCCACAUCGAUGAGAGAUUAUAGGGAGGAGGCGAUAUUUGGAGUCGGAACAGGAUCAAAAUGCAGAGACUCCAAUUGGGGGGUUAAAAAUAAUUGUGAUAACAUGAGACAGAAUUGGUAUCAUAUUAUAAUAGCCCAUGUAAGGCUAAAUUUUGAGGGCUUUUGUUGGUGUGUUGAUUCAUGUCAGCUAUGAUUUUUAUAUUUUUUUGUUUACUUGUCUUUUUUUAUUUCUGUACUUUUGACAUUCUGUUGUUUACAUGAUGUGUGAGAGUUGGUCAAAUUGAGGGUAAUUACUAAUUAGGUGCCAAGAUUAACACUCCCUACUGAACUGAUAUAUACCAACUUUGUAUUAUUGAAGAUGAAGACUCAUUGUAGUGGCCUCUUAUCUCUUUUUGAUUGUUGAUGAGGUCCUUAUUCCAGAAAUGGUGUAUUUGGCUCAUUGAAGUUGUAAUUAAAUCCAUAAGAUCUGUGGAUUUCAUGUGAA